CUAUUUCACUUCGAUAAUACGUGAGAGAAACACGAAAGAUAAUUGUACGUUGCUUCACGCUCAUCUCGCGUUCGAAACUCGUUGAGAGAUGUAACGGAGAGAGAAGUGUCAGUGGCAUUCGAUAUACAAUGCAAGAAGAUAUAUUUCCAGCCGCAGAGAAAAUCCUUUCCGAUAUCGAGAACAUCCUGAAGAAGGAUUCCUCUGUAAAGACAUUUGAGAUUAUACCUGCGGAGGACAACGAGAACAAGUCGCCGGUGUUUCAUCAGGAAGAAUGUUUGGGUUUAGCGUCGUGGUGCGUGCAACCGCUUUAUUGCUACGUACAUCGUCGUCUGUUCGAACAUCGUCGAAAUAAACAUAGACGAGAGGAUCCAAGCAACGUUGCUAGAUGGCUAUUAGGCGCGUUGCUUUUAAAUCCAGAUGUACCGACAUUCUGGAAUAUGAGAAGAGAAUUGGUCAAAAGUUACAAAUUGGACGUUACCGAGGAAUUAGAUUUCACACGAUUGGUACUAUAUAAAAAAGCAAAAUGUUUCGAAGCGUUUGCGUAUCGUCGUUGGUUGUUACCAUAUGUAUUAAACGCCGAAAGAAAGAAUUACGAUCCCGUACCAACGGAAUCGCCGUUGUGUAUAGAAAUAGACAUUACUAGUACAUGCGCCGAUAGAUACGCGACUAAUUAUCAUGCCUUCAGUCAUCGUAGAUACGUUAUGGCUCUUAAGGAAUCUCGUGGAUAUACGUAUCCUAAUUUCGAUAGCGAAUGGAAGAGUACCUUAGCAUGGUGUCAAUCAAACGUAUCCGAUUAUAGCGGUUUUUGUUACCGACAAUAUCUUCUGGAGAAGUGCCUGCUUGAAACCGAUACGAAUACUAAGAGUAAUAUCUUCAAAUGUAUUAAGAUUAACGAGUAUCGAAUACGUUCUCAAUUGGUAAUGGAUUACGUUGCCGGCUUGAUCGUUACUUCUAACGAUAAUAAUUGUCAAAGUAACAAAACUAACGAAGAUUCGAUGGCCGAACAAGGUCCUACGCUUCAAACUCUUGAUUUGCUUCAUGGUAAAGCACGACCCACCGUUACUAGCGACAAUAUUGUUACUGGUAACAAUAGUAGUAACAGCAACAGCAGCAGCAACAAGAACAUUGGCCACAGCAGCAGCAAUAGUAUUGCUACUACUGCUUGUACUACUAGUUCUAUUACUACUACUACUAUUACUACUACUACUACUACUACUACUACUACUACUACUACUACUACCUCGCAACUCGUACCCUGGCAAACAUGUUUCCAAGCUUUGUCCUAUUGGGUAGAGGAAUGUAGGCUCAAUGAAGAUUUAAUUAGAAUGUACGACGAUCACGAAGCUCUUUGGUAUCAACGUAAAUAUCUCGCUCAUAUUCUUACACGUCUCAUCGAAUCCUACAGAAUGUAUUCCUAUUAUAAGUCUGAAAUAAUCGUUGAUCCUUGUCAUCGUAUCAUGCCAAACGAAUAUAGUAACGUCGAUGAAUUGACCGAUGACAAAAGCAAAAUCAAGGCUCUUCUUGUUCAAGCUUUCUUAAAUCGUACUCGUGAUAUCGUCGAGUUAGCCAUGAAACGUGAUACCCACGAGAAACUCGUUGUCGACAAAUUCCUAAGAUAUUUAAACUACAUUGGUCUUAAGCUUUGAAUUAUUUUUCGCUGUCCUGUAAUUUCUUUUUUUUUUUCAUGAUCAUUUUGAAAGAUUUAUUCGUUAGAUUUUGAAAGCAUCUAAAGAGAUUAUUAGAGGUAUAUGUAACAUUUGUUAUAAGAUUUUUUUUUUUUUUUUUUUUUUUUUUUUAUAACUAAUUCUCUCUCUUUUAUAAUAAAAUUCUCUCUUUCUCUCCUUUUCUAUUGUAAAAAAACUGAUAUGGUUUUACACAAAGAAUUCGAUGCUAUCAAUCAAAUGAUUAACAAAUAUGGAAAUAAUAUAUAUAUUUGUGGGGAUGUAUAUAUAUAUAUAUAUCACGCGACUCGUAACGUGUCAGAUUAUAUUAUUCUACUCGAAAGAAUAUUUGAGCAUAGUCGUAUGACAACUAUGGCAAUAAUAUUUUCUCUUGCUAUAUUUUUUAUUUUUUUUUUCCCCAAUAGUAUUCUCGCAGAAAAUAAUAAUAUAUUAUAACAAUAAUAUAAUGAUAAUCGUCAUCGUUUCCUUCGAUCACGGUGCUAUGAUUCUCUUCACUGUGUGUGUAACUUUCAUUUUGAUAAUUUAAUAUUAAUCUGAUAGAUCAAUGAAUAGAUCACUGAAUCAAGAUUUUCGAUUAUAAAACUUAGAUGCGUAUAUAUAUAUAUGUAUAGUUAUUAUUUUUUUUUUCUAUCAAACUAUCUGUAAUAGCACGUUUUAAAAGUUGAAUCGAUUCAAUUUGAAAUAGGGCCUCACCAAACACUUAUUCGAUUUACAUUUGAAUUGUCUAUAAUAAUACAGAAAUACACGGAUCACUUUUAUUUAUUCAUUCAUAGAAAAUAAUAUCAUUAGAUGAUCAUCUAUUAUUACAUACAUACAUACAUACACAAACGUUAUAAAAGUAUAUAAGUAAAGAGAUUUCCUCGUCGACUAAAUGUCGUUAAUAUCAAAUGAUUAAUUAGUUAAAUCUACAUGUAAUCUGUCAGAUAAAGAAGAAUGAUAUAAUAGUUCUGUUUGCAAGAAGAAAAAAAAAUGAAAUAAAAGAAGGCAGAUUAACGUAGGGGAUUGAUUGUACCGUGCGAUUACAGGGAAAAUUUAAUAAUAAUAUUAAUAAUAUUGUAUGUGUAUAGUCAAUACCCUGAUAUGGAAAGUGAUAAAAGAGAUUAGUUUUUUAAAAA